AUGGCGGAAGCGGUGCUGGAGAGCGACAUUGCUUGCCUUGAUCACUAUGAUUACUUUUUCCGUCCGAACAUUCUCCAAGGGAAGGUGGCGUUUAUCACGGGAGGUGGUUCUGGUAUUGGUUUUACUAUUACUGAAGUUCUGAUGAGGUAGGGCGAUGAUUAUACCCCGCCAAUUUCCCCUUCACCCCCCACGCCCUUCACUGACCAAUUUUCUGAGGGGACCUGCUAAUUCCAACACAGUCAUCUUUCUUAGGGGGCACUAAGACAGCCUAUAAUUAACGUUUGGUGCCUAAGAUAAUUCCAGUUUCUACCAAUCUCCUGCUCAAACUACAAAUAGAAAGCUAGAAAAUGAAUUAGGUGCUUCUCAUUUCCAUUUAAUUCUUUCAUUGUUGUUAGACACAGCUGCUCUGCUGUAAUAGUGGGUCGGAAGUUUGACAGACUCAAAAAGGUAAUAAAUUGAAAAGAGGUCUUCAAAGUAACUGUUCUAGUAAUCAUUACAAAGCAGUAUAAGGAUAAAUUUUGACAGCCCCCAUUCAAACCAGCUUACAGCUGAGCUGGGUCAGUUUGGUUAAAUAUUGCCGAGAAUGAAAUAAAUUAAACUUAAAUCAAUGUCAAAGUUCAUAGAGAGAUGUCUAAGGCGACUAUCGUUUGUCAGAGGCUCUCCACUGGAGUAGCAACUGCAGUGCUCCAAGCUGCAAAAGUUUGGCCACCAUGUUGAAGAGAAAAAAAAAUUUUGGUUAGAUGUAUUUUGUGGUAAAGUUCCCAAAGUGAAGAGGGUCGAACAUUGCAUAAAACAUAUUAUUUCACAAAAUGUCAUUUCCUUUUCCUUUUUUUCCUUCUCUUUUCAUUUUUCUGGUGAGUACAAUUUUAUUUCUGGCCAGCAUUUCAUGAUUCUAGUCACUAAAUGGUGACUUGAGUUGGUACACUUAAGUUUGAGUUCUAGACUGGUAUGUUUUGGGAACAUGACAACACUGAUACUGGGACAAUGUGUGACUCACAGGGGUAGCAAUAGGCUUUAGUUUGGAAUCUUGACUUCUUUGAUGUAGUUAUGGGUUUCUUUACCACAGUCAGCAUGACAACUAUAUAAGAGCUUUGCUUAAUUUUUUCAUCAUUCUUUUUGUGAACAAAAUUAGGCAGCUAAGAAACUGGAAGAUGUUACACGACAGAAAUGUCUCCCAGUAAAGGUUGAUGUGAGAAAGGUGCAGUAAAUGGAAACAUCUUCAUUCAUGAUUAUUUCUAGAGGAUACAAAUUGCUCUCACUGACAAUUUUAAAAAGUUUUCUCAGAGUAAAAAUAUGUUCAGGCCUUAACUCUGUUUUGUUGUUGUGGCAUAAAUUGAUUAAGAAAUAAUCAGGGUGCCAAAUAGCAUGUAAAUUUUGCAUAUUUUAAUAUUAAGCCAUUUUUCUGUAUCCUAACUGUGCAAAGAAACUUCCUACAUACUCCAAUCCAGUAAAUGGUUUGAAGCUAGAAGCAGACUGUGCUAAUGAUUGAGCAAUUGCUAAUUCCAAAGCUAGUCUUCACAGUUGUGUAUUUGUACUACCACAGAAUAUUCAGAAACUUGAGCUUUUUGGUUUAGUUGUAAUAAACAAAGAGUAAAAAAAAAAAAAAAAAAAGCAAAACUGUUCAUCAAAUGUGUUGUUCCAGAAAAUACCCAUACCUUCUCCUCUAGAAUUUCUGGAGAGGGCUCAGUGGGGGCUUCAAACAAAUGCCCCCUCCUUGGCUGUGGUGAGGCAAUUUUAUACUUCUCAUUUAACAUAGUGUUUUAAGUUCUAUUUGUUGAUCACCAGGUGAAUGAAGUUGAUGCUGCCGUAGACAUGGCACUGAAACAUUUCUCAAAAAUAGAUAUUUUAGUUAAUAGUAAGUAUCAACUCUAAGAUUGGAGGAAGAAUCAUAUUAUCAUGUUGCAUCCGAGCCAAAUCAGUUCAAGUUUGAGUCAAAUCUGAGUCACAGACACCAAUAGAAAAAUAGACUUUAAAGUUUUUAGUUGUAUCUCACCAAAUGAGUGGACUAAGAUAAAUCCCUCCUUUUCAAUGAAGUUCAUUAUGUGAGUUAAAAAAACCACCAAAAUAAAGAUUGAUGUUAAGUGCACUGCAUGAACUCUGAGUUUUGCCCAGCACACUAACACUCUUUACUCUGAUUUUUUUUCUACUCACAUGUAGUACUUUGCUGAAAAGGAGAGACUGCUUGUAGCUACCAAAUGAGUGACCUAAAAUGGAUAUUUCCUUAUAUUAUUAGAAUUCAUAUUCUCCAUACUGUUCUCUGUACAUUUACUAAGGUGCUGACACAGAAAAUUUGUCCAACAAUCAAGAGUUUCUUUAGUUGGUGAUCAUUUUCUUUAUUCUCAUGACAUGAGUGUGUGAUUCAAUGGUGAUAUUGUAGGGAGCAAUUGGAUGCUCGUCACUCCUAAGGGUUAAAAGUUUAAGUCCAAAAAUAAAAAAUUAGGUUAGACAUUAAAAUCCACCAAAGUUCUGAACAAAGUCUCAUUCCAAUUUGUUUCCCUUUAGGUGCAGCAGGAAAUUUUCUAUGCCCUGCAAGCCAGCUUUCAUACAAUGGAUUGAAAACAGGUGAGAGUUAAAAAUGACUUGAUUAGUUUUUACCUUUUUAGUAAAAGCUGGUUUUGUAUGUUGUUCUCUUGUUUGAUCCCCGGUAGAGGACUGUUGUCUGUGGAAGUAAAUGGAUCAGAUGCUUUUUUUUUUCACAACCUGAGUGGAAGUUAUACUCUAAUCAUUUGCCUCUGAUAAUGAAUUCCACUCAGAUUGUCCAGAAACCAUGCAGUCAGUUCACUGAAGACUAUCCUCUUCAGGGGUAGACAAAUCCAAUUUGACAGAUUACAUGAUGGACUUAUUGAGUUUUUUUUGUCAAUAACAUUCUGUAAUAGUUUAUUAUUUACAAUUUUUUUGUGAUGUUAUAGUUUUUGACAUUGAUGCUUUUGGAACCUUCAAUGUGAGCAAAGCUGUGUAUAACAAAUGUUUUAAGGUAAGAUUGUUUCUUUAAUUAACUGGAGAUAACACUUUUUAUCUAGAAGUAUGAUUUUACCUUUAGUAUUCAAUACCAGCUGUGUUUACAUCCUUAAUUGAUGAAUAAGCAUGUCUACUCAUUAGAAACACUGACAGUAAAAUUUGAAAUAACAGUGCAAUUAAUAAUAAGCUUGAACCAAUUGGCAGAUCUUACUCAGUUUGGAUCUGGAUCAUUUUUUACCCAUUUUAGUAGAAGGAUUAAAAAAAAGGUUACCUUGAUAGCCACAGCCAGCCAGUGCUUGUAAGCAAGAAAUUGAUGGAAGACUUAGUUAACUGUGAUAUUACUGUGAAACUCAGAAAACUCCAAAAAACAAUUUUUGGUUGUUAGAUUUUGAUUUUUAGGUUUACUUUGAUGGGCCGAACUUGAAUGUGACUUGUGGGUGCAGAACUGACUUGUUAAGAAUCAAAUCAAAUUCAUUUGGCUCUCAGCAACAGAGUAAUUAUUGUGGCUUGCGUUAGGAAAUAAGAAAUCCCAGAGCAGCAUGCUUCACUGAAAUUUUUCAUGAGGUAGAAUCUACUAAGUAAAUUGGUAUUUCUUUUGUAUUUGCACUGUCACCAAUGAAAUUUACAGUGCCUGGAAAUACUAUUUUUAGAAUAAUGGCAGUGGUAACAUCAUCAACAUCACAGCCACACUUCAUCACAAUGGACACCCUUUGCAGGUCUGUAGUAAUUGUAUGCAAAAAAGCUUUGUCAGCUGCAUAACAGGAACAGGUAGAUUCAUGGUCAACUGUUUGGAGUAUGACCCUUACACAAUUUACCUAUUUCAACUGCAGUGGAACCUCCAUUCAGGGGACACCCAGGGACCAGGGCAAGUGUCCCCUAAAAAGAGGUUGGAGUUUGGUAAUAAUUUACCAUAAAAAAAUCAUCAUCUGCAUUAUCCUAUAGCAAAAAAAUCUCUGUCAUCAAAUGAUGUGUGUUGUUAAAAAGGUCAUAUUGUGAAAGCUGUCAUCAUUGUGAUUAGUGUACACUUAAUCUUUGGGGUCAGUCACAAUUUUUUAUUGGUUGAGGUGUCCCCUGAAUGGGUGUUAAAUCAGGCUUUAGGACCCAGAAAAAGUGUUCUAAUCCCCUGAAUAGAGGAGUCUCUUCAAAAGAGGUAAUGGAUACCAAGAUAUUAUUGAACAUUUUUCUGGGACCAAAGUUUGUGUUCCCUGAAUGGGGUGUAAAUAAUGUUAUAAAAAAAAACCGAAAUGAUCAAGUAAGUAAACCAAUUUCCAUUAUUCUGGCCUGAGUAUCAGACAAUUUUUCCUAUAGUCUACAACUCAUUACUUCUAUUUUUAGCACUGAGAACUUAGAGUUAAAUCAAACAGUAUCUCCCAGUAGAUAUUUUUCUUUCUUUUUAUUACCUUUUUGCAUGAAAAUGUAUCAAUCUUGUGAGGAGAAAGUCCCUUUUGGUCAGUUUAGAAAAUGAAAGAAUUGUAAUUUUAAGUACUCAUUUGAGGAAGCAUUUUAAAUUAAUUUUUUUCUCAAUUAGUGUCAUGCUGGAGGUGCAAAAGCUGCAAUUGGUGAGUUCACAUGAUUACAUUAUUGUAAACAUUUAUGUCAAUAAACAAAGAACCUUUUUCAUACUAUUCAAGUACUGUUAAUCCUUUGUCUUUAAAUAAAGUUCUGAGUUGCACAAUUUAUUACUGUAACUGCUGCUUAGAGAAUAAUUUCCUUCUCCACCUUAUACAUUAAUUUAUCAUGCAGAGAAAUUUUUUUAGUCAAAUUUUUAUGGUCAGGACUCAAAAAAAUCCCUGCCAUUAACCAUUUUACUUCCCUAAGUGGCCAAGACAGAAUUUUGCCUUACGAUAUCAGUACAAUCUCAUGAAGAAGAUUAAGAAACAGUAAUGACAAAAAGUAUCAAUAAGGGGAAUAUCAGUUGAUCCAGUAUUAAAUUCUCUGAACCAACAUCAUGAGACUUGUAUGGCAGACAGUAAGGAAAAUUACGGCUAAUGAGAUCUGGCAGUCAGAGAGGGUUCAGCAGGGCUAGGAUUUCAGAUGUUUUCUCAUACCCUUUAAUCCCUAAUAAUCUGUUUCUUAUCUCUUAAUCAGAGGGUAUGUCAAGACAUCUCGCUGUUGAAUGGGGCCCAGAUGGUGUGAGGGUAAACUGUGUUGCACCUGGUGCUGUGAAGGACACAGAGGGUUUCCGUAGACUAGGUAACAAAUUACAGAGAAUUUACAGUUGGAAAUAGAAUCUGCAUAUUUUACCUGCACCUAAUUUAAGUUUCAUAUCAUAUACUUUUCAUAAGCUUAGAACAGAACAGAGGCCUGGAUUGCAACUGUUUUGAUUGCUAUGGUGAACAGAAACAAUUUUAGCAUCCAAAGUUUCAGCAAAAGCAACCUGUGUUUGGCAGAUAUGUGGAAAGCUUUUAAUUAACAUUGUUAUAAUAGGUUUUAAGAGUCUAAAGUUAGGCUGAGAUAAACAUUUUAUUGCUUAAAAUGAAAUGAAUUUUGGAUAUGUACAAUUAUUUAAAGAAUUAAUACUUUUCCUGGCUGAAAGCUGGUCUAAAGAUUUUUCAUACUCAAUGUUUAACAUUUCAUUUACCUUAAUCCCUGUUCCACUUACAAGGUAGUACACUUCACAAUUUCCUUUCACUUUAAGUCUGAAGGAAGCUUCAACUGUACUACAUCUUCACAGGUGGCAAACAUCUCCCACCAAACUUCAUUGAGAAUGUACCUUUACAAAGACUGGUUUCUCGCCAAGAUGUGGCAGAUAGUGUACUCUUCCUGGCGAGUGGUGCUUCAGCUUUUAUCACAGCAAACACACUGGUGGUAGACGGUGGUAGUUGGAUCACAAAUUCUGUUUCCAUGGCAACAAUGAACAAGGCAAUUAGCAAGCUGUGA